UUUCGAACUCGGGUGUUAACGCGUUUGAUAGAUACGUGUGUCGCUGUUCCCAUAGCUUCUUCCAACCAAAUAGUGAAGGACGAUAUGAAAUGUUUCUCGCUUGAGGCGCAGCCGGGCAGCCAGGUGCCAUGAAUUUAUUCCGGGAGGCGGCGGGAGUGUCGCUAAACGAUCCACUUGUAGACUACGAGCUCAUCCAGAGGAUUGGCAGCGGCACCUAUGGGGAUGUGUUCAAGGCCCGUUUCACAAAGACAUCAGACUUGGCAGCCAUUAAAAUUGUGAAGCUGGACCCAGGAGAUGAUAUCACUUCAAUUCAACAGGAAAUAAUGAUGAUGAAAGACUGCCACCAUUCAAAUAUAGUAAGCUAUUUUGGUAGCUACCUCAGAAACAACAAGCUGUGGAUCUGCAUGGAGUACUGUGGAGGUGGGUCACUGCAGGACAUUUACCAUGUGACUGGCCCACUUUCAGAAAAACAGAUUGCAUACGUCUGUAGAGAAACUUUAAAGGGUUUGCAUCAUCUGCAUGCAAGAGGAAAAAUGCAUAGAGACAUUAAGGGAGCAAAUAUUCUUAUUACAGACAAAGGAGAUGUGAAACUAGCUGACUUCGGUGUUUCAGCAGAGAUUAAUGCUUCGGUGGCAAAAAGGAAAUCUUUCAUAGGUACUCCAUACUGGAUGGCACCAGAAGUUGCUGCUGUCGAGAAAAAAGGUGGUUAUAACCAAUUAUGCGACAUAUGGGCUGUUGGCAUUACUGCUAUUGAAUUAGCAGAACUACAGCCACCAUUAUUUGACCUUCAUCCCAUGAGAGCUUUAAUGGUGAUGUCUAAAAGUAGCUUCCAACCUCCAAAGUUGAAAGACAAAGCAAACUGGUCACCAAAUUUGCAUCACUUCAUCAAGCAUGCCUUGACCAAAAACCCUAAGAAGCGUCCAACAGCAGAGAAACUUCUCCAGCAUCCCUUCUUGACUCAGCCGUUGAACCGUAUGGUAGCUAUUGAAUUGUUGGAUAAAGCCAGCAACCCAGACCUCACUGCUGAGAGUACUCUGGAUGACAGUGAUCUUGAGACAUGUGACAUGUUCCCAGACAAGAUCCAUUCCAUUGGGAGGCACCCAAUUGCUGGGAGGACCAAUUCAGAAAUUAAAUUUAAUCAGGUGAAGUUUGGAGCACCCUUGAGGAAGGAGACCGAACCGUAUUCCAGAGUGGAACCUACUGAUGAUUAUGAUGACUGGAAACUUCAAGAUCAAGACAACAACCAGAGCCUUCUGCAGGUUGUUGAAGAAGCACUGCAGCAGAGGUGCUUAACAAUAAAACGGGCAACUCAAAAUGAGCAAGAAUCAAGUGAAGAUAUGGAUGAAGAUGAGGAUCAGUGUGGUACAAUAAAGAGGUCUCCUGGACAGAGCCAAGCUGAAGUUAGUGUAUCUGUAUCAUCAAUCUCUCCUUCCAUUUCAGCAUAUUUUGAUGAUUCUGACAGUAAUGAUAAAACAUUGACUAGGAAAGACAGGACAAAAGAUCCUUCCCAGAACUUAUUAGAAUUAGAAAGUCAUCUUGAUGCUGAAAGAUAUACACCAUCUUUGGAAUGGGCAACCAUGCGUCGAAAGGAGGAAGGCCCUAGACAGGUGUGCCAUGGCCUUCCACCAACACCAAAGGUUCAUAUGGGUGCAUGUUUUUCCAAAGUUUUUAAUGGAUGUCCACUGAAAGUGAACUCUGCAGGAACUUGGAUUCACCCAGACACCAGAGAUCAGUAUAUAAUCCUUGGAGCUGAAGAAGGCAUCUACAUACUAAACUUAAAUGAACUGCAUGAAGAUACCAUAGAAAAGCUUGUUCCUCAGAGGUGUUCCUGGUUAUAUGUAAUGAACAAUGUUUUAAUGACUGUGUCAGGAAAAUCUGUCCAGCUUUGGUCUCAUAACUUGGUAGCACUUUUUGACCACAGGAGGCACUUACAGAAACGGCAAGUUCACCUGUCUAUUCCCACUAACAAACUGACAGAGCGAAUCAUCUCUAGGAAAUUUGCAAUGUCUUCCAAGAUUGCAGAAACAAAAGGUUGCUGGAAGUGCUGUGUAGUGAGGAAUCCCUACACUGAUAAUACAUUUCUUUGUGGUGCUCUUCAGUCCAGCGUUGUCUUACUACAGUGGUAUGAACCUAUGCAGAAAUUCCUCUUGUUAAAGCAUUUUCCCAUCUCUCUGCCUACUUCACUUCCUGUGUUUGAGCUUUUCGUGGUACCAUAUGAGGAGUACCCCCAGGUGUGUGUCGGAGUCAGAAGGAGUUAUCGACUCAACCAGGAGCUAGAGUUUAAUACUGUGCACCUGAGCACCGCAUCAACUCUUCCUACAGAAGUCAAUACAGGAAACUGCCUUGAAGUCAACUAUGUGACGCAGCUUGAUAGGGAUACAGUGCUAGUGUGCUUCAACAAUACUGUGAAAAUCGUGACUUUGCAAGGAGAGGUAAUAAAAGCACUAGCAUCAGAACUUACCUUUGACUUCACUGUAGAAACUAUUGUUUGUCUUCAAGACAGUGUUCUGGCAUUCUGGAAACAUGGAAUGCAGGGACGUAGUCUACAUGCCAAUGAGGUAACACAAGAAAUCACUGACAAAUCAAGAGUCUUCCGAGUGGUGGGUACAAACAAGGAUAUUAUCCUGGAAAGCAGGCCAACAGACAAUCCAUUGGUUCAUAGUAACCUAUAUAUCCUAACAGGACAUGAAAGCAGCUACUGAACAAGGAAGUAAUCUCUCUCUCUCUCUGCUGUGGACACGUACAGAGAGUAUUAUCUCUGCUAUGGACACAUGUACAGAGAGACUUGAAAUGCACCAAAGUAGCCUUCUUCUGCUGGAGUACUGAAGUAGCAACCAUGCUUGGACAGAUCAGAAAACUGUUGAUGAACCAAGAUACUUCACAGAUGGAAACAGAGUUCAUGGAGAAGAAGGAAGAUUUGAUUUGUUACAGCUUGGCAAAAUUCAAGGAGAAUAAUACAGCAACUUGAAAGUGAGGGAACAUUAUAAUCGUACUUCAUCAGCUCAAAGCUGAUGGUUAUUUGUACAGAUAUUUAAAUAAAGUUUUAUAGCUUAUUUAUGUUAACUUCUGGAUGAGAGGUUGCAUUCGGCUUAUUUCACAAAACUUUUGUUGGUGUUACAAAUAUAACAUGGCUACAAUUUAUUCCAUUGUUGGGAAUAGCUAUACCGUAAACUGGCCAGUUACUUGCACAACCAAAAAUGACAUGCACCAAAAGUGUAUGCAGUAGUAGUAUUUUAUCAUCAUCAGCCCCCUUUUCCCCCACUCUGCGUGGGAUCAAGGUGUCACACCAAUUAUCACCACUUCUCUUGAUUCAGUGCCACUCUCCUACCUUUUUCAGCAAGCUGUGCACAACUGUCACAGAUCUUCUCUCAUGUGGUACUUUUUAAAUAUAUACAUCACGUGAUCAAAUGGUCAAAUAGUCGAACACGUAAUAGUCGACACAUAAUCGAACCACCACAAUGUUGAACGGAAAAGAAAAAAAGAAAAACCCACCCAAACAAACCAUUUUAAUGCUCUAAGCAGGGGUGCAAGCCCCCCUGCACCCCCACUACUUAAAUAUACCAACUCCGAGAUCGCACUACAGUGCAGGCAAUGGAAAACUUCCAUUUCUGGACUGUACGGAGAUCUCCAUUGAACCAUUCGACAUUGUGGCGGUUAGAUUAUUAUGGGUCUACUAUUACAUGUAAGAAUAUUUGACCAUUUGAUCACGUAAUAUAGACCCCUUUUUUAAGUUUUUGAUCCCACUGCCUACCACCCAUCAGAACCCUCCUUCGGUCAAAUGGCACAUUUGUUCCCCAUACACCAGGACAAGUGCAGAAUGAUGGGGGCCAGGUAUUAGGCAACCGUCAAGGAUUGUUCAUAUUUUGCAUUUUAUAACCCUAAUCCCAUUGUAAAUGCUUAGUAAAAUGUCCAGGAUUCUGUAUGCAGCUAUUGUGGUGACAGCAUAUGAUCUGCUUCUGUUUGUGAUGUAAAGCAUCAGGACAGCCAUUCUCCCUCCUUGAAAGCAGUGUUCGCAUGGGGUCUCCAUUCUGCACUGGGGAUUCAACCAUGGACAUGUUUCCUGGACAUGCAGUCCUACCCUGUACACCUCAAGGAGCAUUGAGCCAGCAAAGCUGCGUCACAUUUGUGUUUCCCCACACCAGCUCCAAUAGGCACCUUGAGCCUCUCUUCAAACUAUGGUGGCCUGGGUUGCAGUCAGGACUUUAUCCCUGUAUGCCAGUGGAGCUGGACACAGUCUAUCUCCUGACUGGACACCAUUAUCUUCUAUUGUUUUGUAUUAUUAAAUUAAAUGCAAAAAAAAAAAAAAGUUAAUGAAAGAAGCUAUGCUUAUGCCUGCAAUGUUCAGAAUUCCUUUGAGGACAGUGUUUUGUAUAUGUGUUUAUUUAUUUGUUUGUAUUUUUUCUUUUUUUUUCUUUU